AAGCCGUAGAAUAAGGCAUUUGGCAAUUGAACACUUCCUUCCUGCUAGCAUAGCAGUGUAGUUGAAGAAAAAAGAGAAGGAUGGGCGCGAUCAAAGCAGCUAUCGGUGAUGCCGUCCUGACCUUUAUGUGGGUGUUUUGCGCUUCAACACUAGGGGCGGCAACCUCCAUCAUCGCAUCUGCCUUAGGGGUUCAAGGAUUGGCUUCACUCCUCAUCACCGUAGUCCUUAUAUUUAUUCUUUUCUUUAUCUUUGGUAUAAUUAGCAAUUUAAUCGGUGGGGCGAGCUUUAAUCCAACUGGGUUAGCGGCCUUCUAUGCUGCUGGCAUCGGAUCUGACUCACUCAUCUCUAUGGGCCUUCGAUUCCCUGCUCAGGCAGCUGGUGCUGUAGGUGGUGCCUUGGCCAUUAUGGAAUUGAUGCCUAUACAGUACAAACACAUGCUUGGAGGACCCUCUUUGAAGGUUGACAUGCAUACAGGAGCGAUUGCGGAAGGUGUAUUAACAUUUGUCAUUACAUCUAUCGUUCUUAUGGUAGUCCUCAGGGGUCCCAAAAACUCUGUUAUCAAGACUUGGUUACUUGCUACGUCUACUGUAGUUGUGGUUGUUACUGGCUCCAGUUACACUGGACCUUCCAUGAAUCCUGCCAAUGCUUUUGGGUGGGCAUAUGUAAACAAUCGGCAUAACACAUGGGAGCAGCUAUAUGUGUACUGGAUAUGCCCAUUUAUUGGAGCAAUAAUGGCUGCCUGGGUUUUCCGCAUUGUCUUCCCUCCAUCCAAACCGAAGCAAAAGAAAGCUUGAUAAAGCAGGCAUUUUAUAAAGUUAAACACCAAUUUAUGUCAGUUCUGUUGGAGGAAAACAUGUUCAUUGUAUUUCUCAUUGUGCUGUGCAUACAAUAAUUAUCAUUUUCUUUUCAUUUUAGUGCAGUGCUACCUAUUAUUAGGUGUCAUGAUAGAUAUAUUUUCUUACCUUCUUCUAAUAAAACUCAAUUCGUAUAGGGAA